UUAGCUUGUUUUUAAUACGACUGUUUAAUAAUGCUUUUAAUGUUUGGCCGUUUAAAAAUAUUUUGGUGCCAAUCCUGCAAAAACUUGCACAGUUAUCAGCAAGUACUUAUAAUAAACUUAAGUUUGAAGCCUUCAUCCUGCAGACACACACAUGCAGGCAGAUCUUGAUGCUGGUGUAUUAUUCUACUGACUUCUUUGGGACUCUAUAUUGGUUCAAGGGUGUACUCACCUGGAUCCAUUUACAGAAUUGGGGCCUUAUUUUCUUUAGUUAAAAUCCAAUGUGAAUGUAUUGUUUUCCUUUUUUGAGUUUUGUUUGUCCACCAACCAAGUGGUUUAAAACUUGGUAUAGUGAAUAGCUUUAAAAGGAGAGUAGAUCAGUUGUUGGGAUGUCUGCAGCGUAAAAGAAUAUGCAAGUUUGUAUGUGUUUAGUCAAAACAAGCUAUGGUUAAACAUCUAUGGAAUACAAGGUUGAAUACAUUUUCUCCAGUGGACAAACAUCAAGACAUACUGGCUGUGUAUCUUUACUCAGUUCUUUUAAAAAAAAAAAAAGAAAAAAAGAAAAAAAAACUUAUUCAUAGCUGACAAAAUCCAGGAUGUUGUAGGAAAGGGUGCUGGCAAUGCAGUAGAUGGCACUGUUCCCUCAUGUCUGAAUCAGUGUCCCAGCAUGAUGAUUGAAGGCACUGUGUGUUGCUGGAGCUUAUACACAAGUGACUUUAAAUUGAGGUCUCGAUCAUUCAGGAUGGUAUGGUAUUUUUGCAUGAUCUGGUCAAAUUGACUCAGUAAUUUCCCCCUGCCUGCCUAAAAUUCCUCUGGAGUUUCAAACGGUCACAGUAUUUUUCACUUUCUGCUCCAUUUCAGAAGUAUUGCUAUGCACCCAGUCCUGCAUCCAAAUGGCUUCAUUUCAGAGGUUGGCAAGAUUCCUGGAUUUGUAGUAUAACAAAUUUUGUGCUUUGGGAUGUUUGGAUGAAGAGUUUUGUGUAAUGUCAGUUAUCAUCCUUGCAGUUUAAGGAAUAUUGUGCUAAAUGCACAUUCCCAGAUUGUUUCUUUCAAAUGAUGUUUAUUAAAAGUAGUUUCAUUUUAACUAUGGUGCUCAGUAAAUGAUCCAUGUUCAGCUGUAUCAUUCUGCUAAUCUAUUAAAUUUAAUAGCAAAAAUGAUUUAAUCUCAUUACUUUUUUUCUUAGAUACCCUAGAAGAAAUGCCUUUGUAAAGCUACAAAUCCAUUUCUUUGGACAGAAAUAAUUUCAGAAGUGACCCAUAAUUCCCACAAGUAACAAGUGAAGGUGUGAGGCAUUCUCCAAAACAUAAAAUUUUUCCCAAAAUGGGAGAUCUCUCUUUUCUCCAACAGCUGCAUAGAGAUGUGCUGGUAGGCACUCCUUUAACAAAGAACAGCCAGGAUUAUGCUUCUUUCCUCAAUCCGCAUGUUUCACCACAAGAUUCAUCCGCGAGAGUUAAUGAGUCACAUAAUCAAAUAUACCUAGAAUCUCCUAACUGGGGCACUUGGAGCCAUCAGGACUCUGCUGUUUCAGAUGCUCUUGCCAUUAUGACAGAUGAUAAAUCUGAUAGCUUUGCAAACACGAGCUCUUCAAUGUUCUGUUCACGGGAAAUGAUUCUGCUACAGUUAACAUUGAUCAAGAUGAUGAUUGCCAAAGUACAGUCCCAGGAAACUGAAUUCAACAUAAAACAGAAGUACCUUGAUAUAAUAACAAUUCUUCUGAAAGAGACAAAAAUUGAUUCAAAAUUAAUUUGUCUGUGCAGUAGUUCUGAUAAACUGUUGUCUCACAUGGCUUCAAAAAGUAUAGCCUCCCUUAUAUUCUUCCAACUAAAGAAAGAGAAUACAUUUAAUGUCACCUGGCUCGCUUUUUGUUUGAAGACUCUGUCAGAAUUCCCUAAGAGUGAUCAAGUAGCGGAAUGUCUGUGGAUUCUUAGAGCUAUUAUUAGAGACAUUUUGAAAGAUAAAGAUUUGCACAAAGCAGAUAUCCUGAAAAAGGUUUUCACUCCUCUUGAUACUGUACUUGAAGGAUUUUACAAUUCCAUUUUGUCUCGUCGUUUUAACUGCUGCCAAGAUACUUCACUAUAUUCUAAAGCUGCAAACAACUUGAUCGGAUUCAUAGAUUUUCUUGAAGUUCUUGUGGCCUCAAGAAUUCAAAUAGAGUCACAUUUCAAAUGCCAAAGAAUUUUAUUUUUGAAUACUUCUGGCAUCUUAGACCUCACUUAUUCAUCAGUUGAUUAUUUAAUCAAGAAGAAGUCCAUUAUGCUCCUUAAAAAAUGCAUCCUUUAUAAAGCUGGUGAAGAUUUCAUAAGUGGAUCAUUACCCACUUUAUCCCUACAGGAUCCUUAUUUGGAUAAGGAUAUGUUAGCACUGGCUAAUGUUGUUUUGCAAGCUGUGAAUUUGGGGUGGCUGAAUCAAAUACCUGUUUCUGAAAAAGCCAGCUAUUUUGGAGGCAGUGAAGCUCAACCUGAGGAUGGCAUCCACAGUGGUCCUGACCAAGUUAUCCUCAGAGCCUUAAGUUUGAUUUUACUUAAAGCUUUAGAGAUCAAGGUCCAGAAUGCUUCUGAAGCAGCUGAAAUAAAAGACUUGCAGAGUUUCAUGUCCCAGUUAUUGAUAUUCUUGAAGAAACAUCUGAAGUCUUCUCCAUAUUUUCAUCCAAAUGUACAUCCUUGUGAGUGGCUUUCCAUGGUCUUUAUAGAGCAAGAUGAUGACAUGCUGGAAGCUGCUAAAUCGUUGUUAACGGUUUAUUUAAAGUUUGAUAGGUUGUGGCAUGAUGCUGCUGGUAACUUAGGCCUUGCAGCAGAAGACUACGAAACCUGGAUCUGCCUGACGCAUGAGAGUGGCUGUAAUCCUCACUGUAUCUUUUUAUUUUUCCUAAGAAGUAUUGCGUUUGAUUCCACAGUUCUUCUUGACUUUUUGAUUUCAUCAGAAACCUGCUUCCUUGAGUAUUUUGUAAGAUAUUUAAAACUUCUUAGAGAAAACUGGCAUCAUUUUGUCAACAUCUCUAACUGCUUUGAUGUUGCGGCUAAAAGAGGUGUGUGUGUUUCUUUUGUCACCUCAUCCCACCAAGAAAAAAAACCCUGUCUGACAGAUUUAAGUUUGGAAAAUGCUUGUUGUGAUCCAGUACAACACACUCUGGUAUCUUUGGCUUCUUCCCAGAAGCCUUCUGUACCCAUGGAACAGCAAGGUGUUGACCAAGUUGUAAAACUCAACAAGUCUAACUCAUUAAUAUGGACUGAUAACACAUCUGCAUUGGAUUGCCUUCAAAGCCUUGUCAAUUAUGACAGUUCAGAAGAUUCUGAAUUGGAAUCAGUAGGAAAGGAGUGUUUGGCAAACAUGAAGCAGAUGCCUUCAAACAAUCAAGGCAGUACAAAGAUAAGGGAAACUGUUUGUAUGGAUGUACAUGACAAACCCCAUACACUUGAAUCUAAAGUGUUGCCCCUGAAACAAAAAAGCUCUAAUCCCUUGUCACUCGGGGUAUGUAAUAUGUCUCCAAAUAACCCUGUGCCUGUAGAAAGAAUGCUUCUCAAAUCAAUGAAAUGUUUGGAAGAACUGCAAAAAUCAAUUUCUAGGUUACAGAGAAGAAACCUUUUCCCAUACAAUCCAGCUGCAUUGUUGAAACUGUUGAGUCACAUUGAGACAACCAGUAAAAGCAUGAAUCUACUAUAAGGCAAUGAAGUGCUAUUGUUGACAUUUUGAAGUAAUUUCAAACUAGUGUGUGAUGGAAUGUUUCCACAAGAAGAGUGUACAUGCUCAAAGAUACUUUUCUUUUGGACCUAUCAACGUGUUUAGACCAAGCAGGCUCAACUGGUUGCCAACUGACACUUUGAAAAGACAAAACUGCAGCGGUGUUUAAGUACUCAACCUGUUGUUUCAUGGUCCCAAACUUACUUAUGGUACGUAUGACAGAGUGAGGGUGAGUUACUGGGUAUUAGCAAAUUUAACAAAUUGAUUAUUCACAUAAAGACAUAAUAAAGUACUUCCACUUGAAGUGUAAGGUGUAAUUCUUCUUAAUGUCAUUUUAACAUCAUAAGACCCAGCUAGAUUGUUAGUGCAUUACUGAUGCUGAUGCAGUGAUAAUUCCAGACUCAAGUACUUAGAAGCAAAGCUAUGUAAGCUCUUUGAGGCAAGGUUCAUCUGUUUUGUGUUUAUAAUGCCACAGUGCCUAGGAGCCUCAGUCCCGGACCAGGACCUCGUUGUGCUAGGUGCUGUACAGACAAAAAAUUAUAUCCCGUUCCUCCACUUCUGUGAUUUUAAUGCUAAGUUAUAUUUAUUGUUUCAUUUUUUGACCUUUACUGUAGGGCUGAUCAGCUAGUAGCUUAGCACUUUUAUUGGCCCAAAUUGGAAUUGAUGAUGUCACUGAAAAUUGAGUUUAAAAUGAAUGCCUAAAACAUAAUCAGGUGCAUUCCUUUUUAAAAAAAAAAAAGUUGAAACUAGUAUAUAAAUUCCCUAUUUAAAUGAAAAUUUGUUAAUGCAGCAUAAAAUUUAAAAUCUAAAUUGUGCAAUGCACAAGUAAAAUCAACGGCAAUGCUUACGGACGUGCAUUAACGCCCUAUAAAUUAUGAUGUAGAAUGCAUAGCACCGUAGCAUAUUAAAAUACACAAUUAGAAAAAAUGGAUAACUGGCUUGCAUUGCAAAUAUACAAUGUAAACAUUAGUAUUAGAACAUAUUUUCUGCGUUUACUUACUACCUUUGAUUAACUGACUAAUCUCACUGUUGCUAAUGGCUGUGUUAAUACAUUUAAAUUGCUUAAUAUUAUGCAUAAUGUUAUCAUUUUAAAUACUGCCAGUUGGGCAAUAUCUUUCACAUAUUAGUGAAGUAAGAAGGGUGGGUGGAUGAAUUUCCUGUUUGGCAGGUGCCAAUUUUCUAUCAGUUUACCUACCUGCAAUGACUAGCUUCACAACUUUAAAACAGAAACUUAGAAUUUUCAGGAUAUUGUAGAAUGCAGCAAAAUUGGAGAGGCCCUACAUUUGAGGAUUUUUUUUUUAAAGAUUGUGUUACUUGUAUAUAAAAAUACAUUGGUAAAUUGUGUAGAAAA